GGGGAUUUGGGAGUUACAUGUUUGGUAUGAGUGAACGGAUUGCCAGUCAAUCAGGUGACAACGGUGGCUACAAGAACCCAGCACUAGGAUGGAUGAUCGGCUUUCUUUUCAUGGUUAGCUUUCUUGGCCUCUUCUCAGUGGUGCCACUUCGAAAGAUCAUGAUCAUAGACUUCAAACUGACAUAUCCAAGUGGUACUGCAACUGCUCAUCUUAUCAACAGCUUCCACACCCCUGAAGGAGCAAAGCUAGCAAAGAAGCAAGUUCAAACAUUGGGCAAGUUCUUUUCUUUUAGCUUCUUGUGGGGUUUCUUUCAAUGGUUUUUCAUUGCUAAAGAAGAUUGUGGAUUUGCAAACUUCCCAACAUUUGGGCUGAAAGCAUAUAAAAACAGGUUUUACUUUGAUUUCUCAGCAACAUAUGUUGGAGUGGGGAUGAUCUGCCCCUAUAUUGGCUAGCAGCCUGUGGAGUCAUGAUGAACAUUGUUUCAACAGCCUCUGACCUAAUGCAGGAUUUCAAAACUGGUUAUUUGACUCUGGCUUCACCCCGAUCAAUGUUUAUAAGCCAAGUGAUUGGCACAGCAUUUGGUUGUGUCAUUUCCCCUUGUGUCUUUUGGCUGUUCUACAAGGCGUUUGAUGACCUGGGGAAUCCUGACGGUGCAUAUCCAGCUCCAUAUGCUAUUGUAUUCCGCAGCAUGGCAUUGUUAGGGGUACAAGGUUUCUCUGCUCUACCAAAAGAUUGCCUCUUGCUUUGUUAUGUGUUCUUUGGGGCAGCCAUCCUGAUAAACUUAAUCAGGGAUGUGGCGGGUAAGAAAGCAGGCAAGUUCAUACCAAUUCCCAUGGCAAUGGCAAUACCUUUCUACUUGGGUCCGUACUUUGCCAUAGACAUGUGUGUUGGCAGCUUGAUAUUGUUUGUCUGGGAGAGGGUAAACAAGGCCAAGGCAGAUGCUUUUGGGCCAGCAGUGGCUUCUGGUUUGAUAUGUGGGGAUGGCAUAUGGACUUUGCCUAGUUCAAUACUUGCUUUAGCAGGCGUUAAGCCCCCAAUUUGCAUGAAGUUUCUGUCAAGGGCAACAAACGAUAAAGUCGAUAAUUUCUUGAGCGGUUGAGCCCAUAAAACCCGAGGUCAGCCUAUGAUACAUAUAUAUGCAUACAUUUGAUCGUGCAUCCAAUGUUGUACCAUAUUUCUAAAUUUCGUUUUCUGUUUUUCCACUGUAAUAUGGUUAGUAUGGUAAAGAGAAUCAUGUUAAGAUGAACUGUUCCUCAAACUAGGAAAAAAGAUUGAAAAAUUAU